ACACUUUCUCGCAGCAACCACAUUCGUUUGCCUGCUUCUUCCUCUCAAACCAAAGAGGCUACACUUAGCCGGCUUAUAAUAAGUCCCUUGUCCUGCAUUUGUUUUUAUUUAAGCGAUGUAGGAUGGCGGCUGCUUUUGGAAAGAUAGUCGUUGGUACGUACGUGGAGAUAAAGCGGAGUGAUGGACGUAUACAUCAGGCAAUGGUGACCUCCAUGAAUGAAGACAAUGAAAGUGUUACAGUGGAGUGGAUAGAAAAUGGAGACACAAAAGGAAAAGAGAUUGACUUGGAGAGUAUUUUUGCACUAAAUCCAGAUGUAGCCCCCGACGAGGAGAUUGCACCGAGUCCAGAGACUCCACCAGCUCCCACGCCAUUAGCAAAAGUAAACAGAAUCGCAAAGAACCGAAGGACAAUAGCACCAAGUAAAAAUGAUACUCCAUCCAAAGACAACAGAGCUAUUUCAACUCGAGCAAGACCUCCACCACCUCCGCAGCCAGAACCGGCUCCACCUCCUCCAGCUCCACAGCCGGCACAGCCCACUCAAGCCCAGACGCAACUGCAGCUACAGAACGCGAGGAGGAAGUCCAACUGUGUGAAGGAAGUGGAGAAAUUGCAGGAGAAACGAGAACGGCGGCGACUUCAGCAGCAGGAGCUCAGAGAGAAGCGAGCCCAGGAAGUGGAUACCACCAUCCCCAACUAUGAAAUAUUGUACAUGAUUCGAGAUUUCCGGGCUAGUCUCGACUACCGGCCUCUGACUACUGCAGAUGUGAUCGAAGAGCACAGGAUAUGCGUUUGUGUCAGAAAGCGACCACUAAACAAAAAGGAGCUGACCAUGAAAGACUUGGACGUGAUCACCAUUCCUAGUAAAGAUGUGGUGAUGGUGCACGAACCCAAGCAGAAAGUGGACCUGACUCGGUACUUGGAGAAUCAAACCUUUCGAUUUGACUACGCAUUUGAUGACAGCACAACCAACGAGAUGGUUUACAGGUUCACCGCCCGACCUUUAGUGGAGACCAUUUUUGAGAGGGGCAUGGCCACCUGCUUUGCCUAUGGGCAGACGGGCAGCGGUAAAACACAUACUAUGGGUGGAGAUUUUUCUGGGAAGAACCAAGACUGCUCUAAGGGCAUUUAUGCAUUAGCUGCACGGGAUGUAUUUCUAAUGAUAAAGAAACCUAACUAUAAGAAAUUAGAUCUUCAAGUGUACGCGACCUACUUUGAAAUCUACAGUGGAAAGGUGUUUGACCUGCUGAAUCGUAAGGCAAAGCUGAGGGUGCUGGAGGAUGGUAAACAGCAAGUUCAGGUCGUUGGGCUUCAGGAGAAAGAAGUGAAAUGCACAGAGGAUGUCCUCAAACUGAUUGAAGUAGGAAACAGCUGCAGAACAUCGGGACAGACGUCAGCCAAUGCACACUCGUCCCGCAGCCACGCCGUGUUCCAGAUCAUUCUCCGUCGGAAAGGGAAGAUGCACGGGAAGUUCUCGCUCAUAGAUCUGGCAGGUAAUGAGAGGGGGGCAGAUACUUCAAGUGCAGACCGGCAGACUCGCCUGGAAGGAGCCGAGAUCAACAAAAGCCUGCUGGCCUUAAAGGAGUGCAUCAGGGCUCUCGGUCGUAACAAGCCCCACACACCAUUCAGGGCCAGCAAGCUCACUCAGGUCCUGAGAGACUCCUUCAUCGGUGAAAAUUCCCGCACAUGUAUGAUUGCAACAAUUUCUCCUGGCAUGACAUCCUGUGAGAAUACACUUAACACUCUACGCUAUGCUAACAGGGUCAAGGAGUUUGGGAUAAGUCCGUCAGACAUCCCCUUCUCUCAAGGCGGCCAGGGAAGUCGCCUCGAGCACUCGCCCACCAACACGUUCGAGGUGAAGGAACUAACGAUUGACCCAAACCAAGUCAUCGACGGAGGGCGACCCAACAUCCAUGCUGUCAACCAGGUGGAUCUGCUGGAUGAGGAGUGGCUGAGCAUCUCUCCACAGAGAGAUGACCUCAAAUUGCUCUGUGAGCAGAAUGAGGAGGAGGUGUCUCCCCAACUCUUCACCUUCCAUGAGGCUGUGUCUCAGCUGGUGGAGAUGGAGGAGCAAGUUCUGGAAGACCACAGAGCGGUUUUCCAGGAAUCUAUCCGGUGGUUAGAAGAUGAGAAGAUGCUGCUAGAGAUGACGGAGGAGGUGGAUUACGACGUGGAGUCGUACGCCACACAGCUGGAGCAGAUCCUAGAUCAGAAGAUAGACAUUCUUAUCGAACUUAGAGAUAAAGUGAAAUCUUUCCGUUCUACACUCCAGGAGGAGGAGCAAGCCAGUAAGCAGAUCAACCCCAAAAGGCCACGUGCUCUUUAGAGGCUGAAGACUUUGGCACAUGCAGAAAACAUAACCACUUGGUGUUUGGCCCAACUGUAGCCGUCACUAACAGCUGUGAAGACACAAAACCAAGCGCUCAGUUAAAAAGCAGGAUUACUAAAUUGCAUUUGUUCUUAUUCGCUUGUAACCCAACUGGCUCUACAUCUGGUUUGACCAUAGAAGUUUCAGCAUUUUGUUUGAUUUUCUUCCAUUUUUAGAAAUUUUUGUAAAAUUUCCACAUGAAGAAGUUCAAUUUUCCUUUCCAUUUUCUUAAGUUAUUUUCUCUUUUUUUUUGGCAAAAUUUUUUUUUAUCUUGAUUAAGAAGAAAAAUCUGAAGUGAACUUUUUGGCAUCUGUCAAACAAAACCAGUAUUUUGCUUUCAGGUUUCUGUGGCUGACAUCCCUGCAUGUACUCUGUGAAAGCAUUAGUGCACCACAGCUUAGAGGUUCUCGGUUGUAUCUGUGAAAACAUGUUCCAUAGUAGGCGAACUCUCCUCAUUCGCUACCUGUUUGGCAGAACCACUUUGUUCUUCUUCCUUUGUGUUUCCUUCCUCGAGUCUUGAUGUGUUUUUUACAUGUAGUUUUAUUUUCUUUGUGCCAUGACAUUUUAUAUGGCAAAGUGUUUAAAAGCUCUUACUUCAUGUUAAACAUGUUUCUUCACAUCAGAUAACGUUUCAUUCCAUUGUUGUAAAAAAAAUAAGAGCAAGAAAAACUGUUAAUAAAUGUUAAGGCCACAGAGCUACCAUUGUUUUGUGUGUUUGCACUGAUCUAAAGUUGGAUGAAGGACUUCAGAAUAAACAAGUAACUGUCACCUUAAAGGCAGAAACUCUCACGCCACCAUCUGAAAUCGACCUGUUCCCUACAUUUUUGCAUUGUUUUGCAAAAUGUAUGCAUGAAAUAAUCUGAUCAUAUUUAAUGAUUCAUUGUAAUAAAAGGAAAUGGAUUCUCUAUUAGU